AUGACAUCAAAACCAAAGUUUGGACGAUAUCCAAUAAAAAUAUUUUCCUUUCACGAGAAGCAAGAAGAGAAGAAGAAAGAGAAAACUCUUCAAUGCUUCGACGAGAGCUCCCAUCGUGCUAUCAAUUUGAGUCAUAUUAAAAUUUAUGAUGACAUCCUUCAGAGUUACUUUAUUUAUUAUUUGACUGAUACCGAAUUUUUAAGGUUUUUUGUUAUCAACUUGAGUAAUAUAACAUUGAGACUCCAAAUAUUUUGUCAUAAAACCGUCGAAACACAAACUUUAUUGCCAUUCCAGCUUCUCAAUAAAAACGCUUACCAGCAAUCACUCAUGAUGAAUGAGAAAACUAAGUAUCCAAAGGAGAAAAUUUUUCUUGCACAGAUUAUCAUUCAACUCGACGAUUUAAAAACGACCACUUUUGACGACGAAGUAUUCCCAACUGCUCUGCGUUAG